AGAAAUAUGACCUAUUAUCGAGAUCCGGCUGCUACAACAUUGUUGAGCUUACUUCCAUUUCGAGUGAAAGUGUUGCGUGAAGAGAUUCAACGGUCGGUUCUACCAGAAGACGAAGGCGGAUUCCUCUUGAUCAGCUGUCGAUUGGCUGUUUCCGAGGCCAUCUCCUUCGAUUCCGAGAAAAAGGUGCUAAGCUUUCGUCGCAUGACGGACAGACGAAAGCUUUGCACCUUUUCAUCGGAAUCGAGAGAGAGGGUGUUGAGACGCCAUCUAAAAGAGAGCGACUCAAUUUGUCUACUCGGUCUGCUCACACUCGUCCAACAUGUUCGAGUAAGCUCAUCCGCCAGACCUGACAUGUCAGAUUACGCAACCCCAGUCAUGCCUUUCAUUGGGGGGUUAAACGUUAAUGACCCAAAACUGAAAGGAAAGAUAGAGCCGGAUAGUCUUAUUGCCCUCGUGUUUACAGAAAUGAGUCCCAGCUCUGAUGAUGUCCCUCGAAUGAUGGACGAAAGCUCAACCAAUUUUCACUCGAAUCGAGGAAGGAGGUCUCGUGGACUGCGUCAACUUGAACGUCGUAUAAAAGCCAAACGGCUGAAGUACAACGCGAUUUAG